AGUAAUAAUUAUUUUUAAGACACACUUCAUGGCUUGGUGACUGGUUACUAAAUGAGAUUAAUUGAUCAUAAGCUUUUAACAAUAGGAAAAAGUAUAAAUGUAUAUAAGAAAUCUGUUUACACAGCUGUUACUUGGUAAAUCUAUCCUAGAGAAGGUGUGACAUCUAGUUUAGGUUAAAAGUUUGCUUAUUACCUUCGUCAUUUCUAGUAAAAGUUUAAUCUAAAAUUAAAUAAAUACCGCCAACAAGGACUAGCUAGGACGAGUUAAAAACUAAACUUAUGAUUUAUUGAGUUCGAAGCUGGAAAACCUUUGGUUACACUUUGAAAGAACACUUUUACUUGAUUUUUAAUUUAAAUAUUUUUUUUAUCAUAGACUUUAGAAUUUCUUUAAUUAUUUUGGUUAUUUUCCAUUGAUUAAAGAAGAAUGGCAAAGCCAACUAACAAAAGUUGAAAAAUCCCCGGCCUAAUCCCAGACAGCAGCUAAUAAUAACAGUUAUUUAAACAAUUGCUUUGUGGAUUAUUUAACUCUUUGCCAAUUUUUUUGUUUAUUUAACACCGCAAAAUAUUCUCACGUCAAACAUGUUAGCAUAUACCCAAAAUUAAGGCCCGCUACAGUUUUUGUUUGCUCAGUUAAACUACAAAAUAACUGUGAGGGGUAUAAAUAGUGCCAGCUUUGAUCCAAAAUAGCAUCAGUUGAUCACAUCCAACUAUCAAACCAAUAGACAUGAAGUUCACCUGCGCUCUGCUCCUGCUAGCCUCCGUGGCCUGUGUCCUGGUGAGCCUCUCCAGUGCGGCCAGUUCCACGACCACCACGGAAGCCACUUCUUCUGGCACCACCACCACCACUGCAGCCUCUUCGUCCUCGGACACCACCACAACCACUACGGCCUCCUCCUCGGACACUACUACCACCACAGAAGCCUCAUCCUCUUCGUCGUCGGGCAAGAAGAAGACCAAGAGACACUUCAAGCGGAAGAUCCAUCGCCCCAAGAAGAUCACGAAGAGACGUCGCAACAGGAAUCGCAGCAACCGCAGCGGUUAAUCAACGUCCCGAGGCCUCCAAAAAGAAUCCAGCUCUUCCACUUUCCGACUUUCUAAAUACCUGAAUACCUCAAUGGCUUUAUAAUUUUAAUUUUA